AUGGCCUCUGCAGCCAUCAGCGAGAUUCGACAGCCGAGCAGCCGACCUGGUCGCUUCCUGUCUCUCCCCGUGCCUGCCAAGUGCAGCCAGAGGCCAAAAGAAUUUUUCUACCGUGGACACAAUUACUUCUUCAGUGGUAAUCACCCUCAGUAUCGCAACUCGCGACUUGAUUGGUUGGACGCACGGAACAUCUGUAGGGAAUAUUGUAUGGAUCUCGUGUCCAUGGAGGGCCAGGAGGAGAAUAACAUUGUGUUCAGGCUGAUCCAGCAAGGCGACGUACCGUACAUCUGGACUAGCGGACGCCUGUGUGAUUUCAAGGGUUGUGAAAAUCGUCGCGACCUUGAACCCAAGAGCGUCUAUGGAUGGUUCUGGUCGGCUACCCGUCAGAAGAUGGCCCCUACGAACCAGGUGCCCAAUGGUUUUGGUUUCAACCCCUGGAGUCAGACCGGACACAAGAAGGUCCAGCAGCCUGACAACGCCGAGUUUGACAUCAACGGCACGAACGAGUCCUGCCUUGCAGUACUCAACAACGUGUACGGCGAUGGCAUUGCCUGGCACGACGUCGCCUGCUACCACGAGAAACCCUUCAUCUGCGAGGACAACGACGAGCUUCUAAACUAUGUCGCGUCCACCAACAGAGGCGUCCGACUCUAA